AACUGGCUAGUCAUCCACAUCUCUUGUUCUCAUAUUCAACUUCAAUAUCAAAAAUGUCUCAGGCACUUACUAAUAUCCAUCGUGAAAUCGGAAAAACUGGUGUCAAGGUAUCUGCUGUCGGUCUUGGAUGCAUGAGCUUGUCUCCUGGUGUUUACGGAAAAGUUGACGAUAAAGAGAGCUUGCAACUUUUGAACAAGGCUGUUGAAAUCGGCUGCAAUUUCUGGGAUACCGCAGAUGUUUACGGAAAAGGUUAUAGUGAAAGACUUAUUUCACAAGUUCUGAAGGAUCGUAGAAAGGAUGUGUUUUUGGCAACUAAGUUUGGUAUCGAUUACUCUUCUGGAGACGUUAAAGCCACUGGUAGUCCAGAAUAUGUGGAGAAAUGCUGUAAUGAGUCACUUGAGCGACUGGGAACUGAUUAUAUUGAUCUUUAUUACAACCAUCGCAUCGACAAAGACGUACCGAUUGAAACUACAGUGGCUGCCAUGGCAAAGUUGGUAAAAGAAGGAAAGGUCAAGUAUCUUGGCUUGUCAGAGUGCUCGGCUGCAACCCUUCGACGAGCACAUAAGGUUCACCCCAUUACAGCUGUUCAGGUGGAAUACAGUCCUUGGUGUCUGGAUAUUGAGAAAAACGACCUUCUAGCAACCUGCCGUGAGCUUGGCGUAUCAGUUGUGGCAUUCUCACCUAUUGGCCGUGGAUUUUUGUCCGGACAGAUCAAGAGCUUUGAUGAGUUUGAUGCUGAUGACAACAGAAGAAAUCAUCCAAGAUUCCAAGGUGAAAACUUUGCAAAGAACAUCGAACUGGUCGACAAAAUCAAGGAGAUUGCAGAAAAGAAGGGAGUCACAUCGGCUCAGUUAUGCUUAGCCUGGUUAUUAGCACAAGGUACAGUCUCCUUUAUAUGUGAAGCGAAGCUUAUAAGUUUCAUACUGAUGAUGAACUUCCCUAUAGGUCAAGACAUUUUUGUCAUUCCUGGAACUCGCAAAGAGAAAUAUCUGUUGGAGAACGUUGCGGCUGGAUCAAUUCAGCUUACUUCAGAGGAGAUUGCUGAGGUUCGUCGUAUCACUGAAUCAUUCAAGGUGUCCGGUGAACGCUAUAAUAGCACCUAUAUGAAGCUUUUGGAUCAGCAUCAACAAUGAGAUAUCAAGCAAAUGCAAACGCAAAAAUGCAAUCUAUUUUGACAAUAGAGACCUUUUAUGUAGCAUCAUCCGAUGUCAAAUAAAGUAUCAAGCGAAAUAAAAAGUCUCCUUUUAUUUUAUUUAUGGCUUUCAAUUUAUCAUAGCUUUCGGUUCAAAACACCAAGCAUUUGCCAAAUGGUAAUUUAGUCAGCACCGUCCAAGACAUUCACAGACCGGUAUGGGCGAGGUAUCAUUAGGAAAGUGGUAAAAUGGAUUAUCAAUAGCUUUUUUAACAGAAUAUAACAUAU